GGGAGGAGGAGGAGGAGGCAGCGCCAUGGAGCUGGUCGGGGCGCAGCAGGCGGCGGGAGGCCUGGCCGGGAGGAAGAGGCAGCCCAACCGCGAGAGGCCCGCCGCGGCCGAGGACGACGCCCUCAACCAGAUCGCCCGCGAGGCUGAAGCGAGGCUUGCAGCAAAGCGUGCAGCACGAGCUGAAGCACGAGAAAUCCGAAUGAAGGAACUGGAGAGGCAGCAAAAGGAGAUCUAUCAAAUUCAAAAGAAAUAUUAUGGUCUGGAUACAAAGUUUGGCGACAUCGAGCAGUGGAUGGAAGAUAGUGAGCGUUACACCCGUAAAUCCAGAAGAAAUGCCUCGGCUUCAGAUGAAGAUGAGCGCAUGUCUGUGGGUAGCCGCGGAAGCCUAAGGACUGGAUUAGAGACAGAGAGGACCAAAAGGAUGAACUUCAAAACAACAAAUGGUUACGAAGAAGAUAUGUAUGGUUCAUCCCAGAGUAGAAAAUCUAGUAGGGCUUCCUGCUACUCUGACCUUAGUCUUCCUUGCAGUGGUUUUCCUUCCAAAUCCCAACCUUCUUCCCAAAAUGGAAACCGGGCAUCUCUGUAUGAUGAGAACUUUAACAGUGGGAAUCGUCGGUAUAGUGCCUCUAGUUCACGUCCUCCCUCGGAGUACAGUUGCUACCUCGGCUCAGGAUCUCGAGCUUCUUCUAGAGCUAGUUCUGCUCGUGCAAGUCCUGUGGUUGAAGAAAGGCCUGAAAAAGACUUUGAGAAGGGGGUUCGUACUGUGUCAAGCUUGUCAGCAGCUACGCUGGCCUCUCUAGGUGGAACUUCUUCCCGGCGAGGCAGUGGAGAUACCUCCAUCUCGGUUGAUACUGAAGCAUCUAUUAGAGAAAUUAAGGAUAUCAAUGAGUUAAAGGACCAGAUUCAGGAUGUAGAAGGAAAAUACAUGCAGGGACUGAAGGAAAUGAAGGACUCUCUAGCUGAAGUUGAAGAGAAAUAUAAGAAGGCGAUGGUAUCAAAUGCUCAGUUAGAUAAUGAGAAAACCAAUUUCAUGUAUCAAGUAGACACCCUGAAGGAUGCAUUGUUGGAAUUGGAAGAGCAGCUUGCAGAAUCUAAGAGACAAUAUGAAGAGAAAAACAAAGAUUUUGAGAGGGAAAAACACGCCCAUACUGUAUUGCGGUUUCAGUUCAUGGAAGUCAAAGAGACUUUGAAACAAAGAGAAGAACUACUUGCAGAAAUCCGACAACUACAGCAGAAACAGGAGGGCUAUGUCAGGGAAAUGUCUGAUCUUCAGGAGACAAUAGAAUGGAAAGAAAAAAAGAUAGGGGCAUUAGAGAGGCAGAAAGAGUUCUUUGAUUCCAUAAGAAGUGAGCGAGAUGAUCUUAGAGAGGAGGUGAUUGUGCUGAAGGAACAAUUGAAGCGUCAUGGAAUAAUACCCAACUCAGAAGUAGCUACCAAUGGAGAAACCUCUGGUGAUCUAGAUAAUGAUGGACUACAAAGUUCUUCCAAUAUUGCUCCAGGAUCAACUCAUGCCCCUAAGGUAGCUGGGGAUGAUACAUUAGGCAGAGCCAAGGAAGUGGAGAUGAAAAAUGAGAUUUUGGAGAAUGUGGGGAAAAAAGAAAUCUUGCAGAAUACUGAGCAUGAGGAACACACAGAGGAGACUAAGGAACAGGAAAUUGUACAGGAAUGUUCAGAGAUAAAGACGUUGCAUGCUGAUGAAAAUGCGGAGGCAGAGAAAAUCACUGAAGGCAAAGUGGCUUCAACAUUGUUAUUAAAUAGUGGACCUGAGGAACCAGCUAAGAGGCAUUCAGAGCAUGUUCCAGGAAUUGUUUGUUCCCUUGAAAACAGUGGUAUAGUUGAAUUAAGGGGUGAGGGGGGGUUCCCUGAUGAUACCAUAGAAGUGAAAGAGUCUGAUGGAAAUGUUGUAAAUAAAAGUGAUACUGAAGUAGCAUGUUCAGGUAUGGAGGGUAAUGAGCAGAUACAGACAGAUAUAGAAAUACUUCCCCAACAGCAAGAUAAAGAUAAGCAAACACAUAUUGUAGGUGAUGAGGCAGAAGGCGAUAAUAAUGAAGUAUUUCAGGAAGCAUUGGAUUUUGUGAAUAACAGCCAUGUGGCAACUUCCAGUCAAUCAGAAUCACCAGAAUUGGCAGAAGAUUUGCUUCUCAAAGUGCCAAGUAUUGAUCCUUAUAUUGAACAGCCGGAAAGCAAAAUUGUUGAGGGACACCUUCUUGAAGGUAGACGCAUCAAACUAAUUGAUAAAGCAGACGGGGAUAAAAAUGAAACUGGUGGAAUUAAUGAAGAGAAUGAGACGGAACAUGCCGUGCAGCGGCAGGCAUGUGAAGUAGCAGCAGAACAAACUGAAAUAUCUUCUGCAUCAGAUGAGUCUGAAGAACAAAAACAAGUUGGAAUGGAAAAAUCUCAGCCCUUAUCUUCAAAAGAUGAGACAUUUGUUGAAGAGGAACAAACUAUGCAAGUGAUUGGAGCCAGUGAAAAGAAUGAAGAAAAUCCUGCUAUGGAGACUGAUCAGAGAGCAGCUUUAGCAGAAGCACUGGAUGUACAUUUAGAUUUUACCAUGAAAGAGGUUCAUACAGAAGAAACUGCUGCAGAUGGUGUGAGUCACAGUGAAUGCCAGAUCCCUGAGGAAAGGAACUUAGACCAUGAGGAUGAUUCUAAGAAAUGUGGGGACAUUCAAUCAGAAUUCAUAGAUGAUGGCAAAACUGUGGCAGACAUCCAGAUAGCACCUGAAGAAGUUGCUGGUGACAAUAAUGAAGAAGACUAUAAGCCAGCAGAAGAGCAAAGUGUAAAUAUACAAGGUGAAACUUUUCAGGAAUCUGCUGGAACUGCAUGUGUAAAUAUUCAGGGCACUGAAGUAAACAAAGGAAACGAAGAGGACAAGAAUCACGAAAAAACAGAAGAAAAGAUUCUUGACAUUGUGCCAGAUACUGAGAAGGCUCCUUGCGUCACCUCACAGAAGACUGAAUUGAGUGAUCAAGAGAGAAAGCUUGACAAUGAUGAAGAAGAAGGAGAAGCUGUGGAAGAAUAUCAUGAAGCAUUUGAUUUUGCAGAGUCUCCAUUUGGACAACAGGAAACUACUGAAAGGAAUGAUAAUCUUAAUAAUGAGCUUGAGACAAAUAAUCACCAAACGCAAGAGAAAGUUGAGAUUACAGAACAUGCAGCACAGAAUAUAAUCAAAAAGGACACUGAAAUGGAAUAUAGAGAUGCUGAAGAAAAUAAAAAAGGUAAAACCUACCAAGCCUUAGCAGAUGAGGUCAUAAAUGAAUCCACCGUGACUGAAAGUGAAAAUACCCAGCAGCAGAAAGGGAAAGAAUUAGAAGAAGCUGCAUUCUUUCAGACAGAUCCUUCUGCUUCCGUGGCCUCAGAGGCACAGUGUGAAAUUUUGGAAGACCCAAGCAAAAAGAUGUCAGAUGAAAUCAGUAUAGAUCACAUUGCUGAAUAUACUGCAGAGCAGUUGGAAAAACUAAAAAAUGAUGCGGAUGAAAGUGAAGAGGAAGUCCAGGUGGGUAGAAAGGGUAAAGGUAAAUCUCGGGAAGAUUGUGUCAUAUCAUAACCUCAGAAGUUAGGUCAUUAUUGCAUGUUACAAACCUGCCAUCUGGUGAUUUCAGAGUAAAUAUGCUGUUUUAAACAAAAGACGAAAGGAAAAGUUUAAAAGUGAAACUAGAUCCACGCUCUAAAUACAUUUUAUACAACUUGUUAUCUAUAUCAAUAAUGAAUGACUAUGAACAUUUUCUUACCUCUCAGGUUUUAAUUACUGUUUAUCAUAGUAAAACAAAGCUGUUAAUCAUACUAAAUCUGAAUUAAGUGCUUUUAAUAUUUUCACCUACCGUAUAAUAUAGCACUUGAUUCCCCCCCCCCCCCGUAUUUUAAUGAAAGCUAAGAUUUGAAGGUUCUUAGAAACUGUCCACCUUUUGAAUAUACUGUAUGCUAACAAUUAUCAUCACCUUUAUUUUAGAAGCAAGUUGUUACAAAGCACAUCAGCUUCAACAUGCUUUCAAAUGCUGGUAUUUUGCCGGAGGGUGAUAAAAUGGCACUUUAUACAGGCUGCAUAUCGACACAUUCCAAAUUAAGGUCACUUUUAUUGCCAAAAUAUAGUUAGGUCAAUAACAUAGAAUUAAUGAACAGAAGUUGCAAGUGAAGAAUCAUUGGUUUGCUAAUAGGAAUAAGUGUACACUUUAGUCAUUUCAUAUCAAAUCAAGCCUUCACUAGACUGGAUUCAGAGCAAGUUAGUCACACUUAGAUUCCAUUAAAAUCAUUGGUGUUUGAGUUACAUUUAUUUCAGUAGAACCAAAUAAAGUUGACUGAUUCUGAAUUCAAACCACUUUGUUUAACAUGAUCUAUAUAUAUUAUUUUAAAGAAAGUUUUGUUUCUUUUGUGCUUCAUUUAUAUUGUGCUUAGCUUUUUUAUCAAGUAACAUUUUCUUCAAGUUAUAUCAUAUGUUCUAUCCUCCCUCCCACCCCAAAUUAACAUUUUCUUAAAUCUAAAUCUUAAAGUCUUUCCCCUUCUUCUUUGCUGAAAUGUAGGCAAAUUUGGAUGACUUUGUGAAUGCCUUAAUAAAUGUUAUUUAAAACCACAGAACCAAAGGCAACUGUUGUUUUAUGCAUAAAACUCUAUCACACUGCUUUAGAAAAAAAUAAAUAUUUUUUAAAAUAAUGGCUAAAAUGAAAAUGGAUAAUUUCUAAUUUUUCAGUAUGUAUCUUAUUUCCAAGUUGGACUAUUUUUAAUGCAGAAAUAAACAAAUAUUUUUGUAUUAGACUGUUACAAAUAAGAUAGGAUCAAAGUCUGAAUGUUUGUAGCACUGCAGCACUCAAAAUAGAUAAUAAAUGUAUUCAGCUACUAAAGUACAAAAGGAAAAACAAAACAUAUAUCACACACUGAGUUGUAUAUAGAUUGAAAUAAACUUUUUAUACUCUAA